UGACAGUUUGUUAACUAAACAAUAAAAGACCAUUGUAACAAGUACACGUGUUUUUGGGCUCUGUUUUUUACGCGUUAUUUGUAGUUCUUGCCUAGAAAUUUAUUAUUUUAACGUUGUAUAAUACGUAUACCGCGUAAGUUGCACAAUAUGAUAGCACAAGAUGUCCGUAUUAGUGAGUAAAUUUCAUUCAAAGUGUCUAACCUCAUUUCUAUCAUAUUUAAAACUUAGCCAACAUCUUCCCAAGUAUUAUUCUCAGCAGAAGCUAGUGAUAAACAUGAAUGAGGCAAUUAUAAAAUACGACGAGGGUAGCGACAACUUUCAAGUGUCACUUCGUUAUGUGAAUCCUAAUCUACACGUAGACAGGCAAUUCAAUUUUAAUAGAAACGUGAAUGAAUCCAUAAAUACUUUUCUUCAGAGAAUGAACGUAAAUAUAACUAAUUACGCUAUGAAAAAUCUAAAGAGAAAAAUGAAAAAAAUGAGCAAAAUGUCUAAAGAUACAGAAUCAACAAAUAGUACAGUGGAUGAUUUCAUCAAAGAUAAAACGAUUAAACUCGUAAAAAAUGACUUUGUCAUGGAUGGAGAACUUACUUGUAAGUCGAUUUUAGAGGAUCCGUUAAAUAUAAAAUUGGUCAUUUUUGAUACAGAAUGUAUAUUAAAACAGAAUGUACCGUGUGUCACCAAGAUAAAAUUACCAUCGAGCAUUUUAACCGGUUUUCCAACUUAUCCCACAAAAUUUGAAUCCACUUAUGUUGAUAAAUUAAAGUCAACUUUUAAUUGGUACAAACGUAAUAAAGGAAAUUGGAUCCUUGUCGGAGAAGAUUAUUUGUACACACCUAACGUAUCUGAUAUAGGAUGUCAAUUAAAACUAAUGUGUAUACCAAGAAAUAACACACAAACUGGACCGACGAUAGAAGUCACAUCUGAUUACGUUGUAGAAGCUGGCCCAGGACCGUGCCCUUUUGAAGUCAGACAUGGCUUUACCAAAAAUAAAUUGUCCGGUAAAAGUUUCAGAGUAACAUCGUAUAAUAUAUUGGCAAGCAUAUAUUCUGAUACUGAAUUAUCCAAAGAUGUUUUAUAUCCAUAUUGUCCAUCAUAUGCGUUAUCGAUGGAUUAUCGAAAAUUAUUAAUUCUGAAAGAAUUGAUAGGAUAUAAUGCAGAUAUAAUAUGCCUUCAAGAAGUAGAUAAAAAUGUUUAUGAAAAUGAUUUAGUGGCUCUGUGUGCGUUAAACUACGAUGGUAUAUAUAAUCUUAAAGGUGACACGCGAGAAGGACUCGCAAUAUUUUACAAUCAGGAAAGAUUCGAUAAAUUAAAUUGCGAUUAUAGCAUUAUGUCUCAAUCUACAGAUUUCAGUGGAUUUAAUACCAUUUGGUCACAGAUACAAAACGAAAAUGUAAAACAGACAUUUUUAAAUCGAAGUACAAUUAUACAGACAUUGACACUACGAUCUAAAGAAAACUCUGAAAUCUUACUUGUUGGCAAUACGCACUUAUAUUACCGACCGCAAGCAGGGUAUAUACGUUUGUUACAAGCAUAUUAUGGUCUGAUUUAUUUACAAAAAUUUGCCAAAGAAAUGAUAGAACAGAAUCCAGAAUGCAAUGUUAGUAUUAUUUAUUGUGGAGAUUUUAACAGUGGACCGGAGAGUGGUGUUUAUCGAUUAAUGACCGAAAAGUAUAUACCAGAAAAUCAUGCUGAAUGGAAAUUUAGUCCUGAUGAAUCUGUAGACAAUGUUUCCCUCAAACACGAUCUUAAUUUAUCUAGUGCUUGUGGUACUCCCGAAUAUACAAAUUAUACGGGUGCCUUUAGCGGAUGUUUGGAUUACAUAUUUUACCAAAAGGAUUAUUUAGGCAUCGAACAAAUUGUACCACUUCCUAGUAAAGAUGAGCUUAGCUUGCAUACGGCUCUUCCGUCUGUCGUGUUUCCAAGUGAUCAUAUUGCUUUAUGUGCUGAUUUAAAAUGGUUGAAAUAAAAUAAAUCGCGUAUUAAAAUUUGUAUCUCUAAACAUUUGUACAAAAUAUAUGUUUGCCACUACACCCUUCUUUUUAGAGCAGUAAAAAGAACAAGUAAAAAAUGGAAUUAAGCAAGGCGUCUCGCAAAAUCCAAAAGGAGUCGCGAAAGAAAAUUUUUAUCAAUACAUCUGGCGAAUGCUGUUUUCAAUUAAUUUUUGUUAAUUUAUUAAAUAAUAAUUUCAACUUUGUAGA